CCUAGACAUAAGGGAUCAGAUUUUUCCAUACAAUUUAGACCCCUACCCUUUCACCAAAAAACGGCGCUUCUGACUUCUUCUUCAAUAGAGAAUCAGCUCCCUUCCAAAAUUGAACACAAGCAACGCCCUACCUUUGGCUGCUUCUUCUAUUCUUCUUCAUUUCUCCAUGGAAAACACAACAGACCUCUAGACCCUAGAGCAAUCCGCCGCUGGAAUGCACGAGCCCCCUCCCCUGUUCAUCUUCUUCAAGAAUCAAAACCAAGACUCCCUUUAUUUUUCUCUGAACAACACACACACACAAACGCAUUCAGCGGCAAACGAAAAGCAAGAAGAAAAUUUGAAGUUUCAAAAGUUUGGAAAGCUAAAAAUAAUAAAAGAGAUUUCAAAAAAAAAAGAGGAAGAAAAAUCGGAGAAUAGCGAGUUUCGAAAGGCUGUGUUGAUUGUCGCUGCAUUAUCUCCUCAAUUUCUGGUUGCUCGAGUUGUUUUUCGAAUUCGAGGUCUGAAGCUAUGUGCUGUUGGUUCUGCUUAUGCUAGGCUCCAAGCUACUAAUUUCGAACAUGUAUUCGACCUCCUUGUCUUCAAAAUAUGGUUCCAGCUAAUAGCUGUAUAUAAACAAACUUUGUUAUGGUUUUUUUGGAGUUUCCCAACGUCUCCUUCUAACUCUUGAAGUUUUGAGUCUUCCGAUCGACUUAGCUCCGCAUCUUUAUAGUCAUGCUGCUGACUUGGCUGGCUUUUCUCUAGCUGUUGCAAUCUUUUUCCCAUACCAUCCAUCUGUAAAGAUAGAGUAGUAAGGAUUGCAAAUAAAUCUUUUGUUUCUUGGCUUUCAUCAGUUUGGGUACCUUUGUCUUGAUAGGUAGUCUGCAAUAACAUUUUUGUCAGUCCUUAUUACUUCAAUUGUAAAUGUAAAAUUUUGUAUAUUUAAUACAAGCCUUCUUAUUUCUUUCGUA